AUGUCUGCGCCAUCGCCGCCAAAGCCCUGGGAGACGAGCAAUGGCGCGACGAGUGCCUCGGUUGGCCUCACUGGAUCGAAUAGCAGCACAGCACCCACCUCAACAGCCACAUCCUCGAGUGCGCCUCCACUACCAUCCGUACCAGACUCACUCAGCACCGUCGCGAACCGCAACGCGUCCAACUACUCGAGCAUGAACAACCGAUACGGCUCCCCCUACAGCAGCGGAUAUGGUGGAAUGAGCAGCUACAGCUCGCCCUACUCCAGCAUGGGGGGUGGCUACGGCUCCAUGUACGGUGGAAUGGGCGGUAUGGGUGGCAUGUAUGGCGGCAUGGGAGGUAUGGGCAUGGGCAUGGGCGGAAUGUACGGCGGUAUGGGAGGCAUGCAGGGCGACCCAAACAGCAGCCUCACGCAGUCCUUCAGCCAGAGCACAGCAGCGACUUUUCAGUUGAUUGAGAACAUUGUCGGCGCAUUCGGCGGCUUUGCCCAGAUGCUUCAGAGCACAUAUAUGGCGACACAUUCGUCAUUCUUCGCCAUGGUAUCUGUAGCAGAGCAGUUCGGAAACCUACGACAAACGCUUGGCUCGGUAUUGGGCAUCUACACAAUAAUGCGAUGGAUACGGACGGCAAUCGCAAAGCUCACCGGACGACCCCUACCAGCAGAUGCGACCGCCCUCACCCCCGCGAGUUUCGCAGCCUUCAACGGACGUAUGCCCGACGGCUCGCCAGCUCCCGCAAAGCCUUCCAAGAAGCCAUUUAUCGUUUUCAUGCUCGCCGUUUUCGGUCUCCCCUACCUAAUGGGCAAACUCAUCAAGGCGCUUGCGAGAUCACAAGAAGCCCAAGAGCAACAGAAGAUGCUAGAGAACCCGCAAGCAGGACAGCCCCUCGACCCCAACAAGCUCGAAUUCUGCCGCGCGCUCUACGACUUCACACCCAACGCCAACAUGCAUGCAAUGGACUUGUCGGUGAAGAAGGGAGACAUGGUUGCUGUGCUCAGCAAGAGCGAUCCCAUGGGCAACGCAUCAGAAUGGUGGAGGUGCAGAUCAAGAGACGGACGCAUGGGCUACCUUCCGGGCAUUUACCUCGAGCCUAUCCAGCGCAAGACACCCGCACAGAUUACUAGUGGAAGCCAGGCCGGAAGCCCAGCUGGUAGCAGAACACAGACAAUGACGAACAGCAGCGCCGCGAGCAGGACUGCCACCAUGACCGGAGCCCCAGCACCAGUACCAGAGAAGGUUGGUCCGAAGGUGGAUAGCAAGGCGGGCGAUAUGGGUGUUGAGAGUUUCCAGAAGGGCGCCUUUUACUCGUAG